AUGGACCGAUCACGAUCACCGAUGGCAGGAGCACCAGGCAGUGGAGCAGGGGACAUGAGCAGGACGAGCAGUGUAUACUCCACCGAUUCUGGCAAGAAAUCGACGUAUCUUGACUAUCGAAAUGGUCACAGCAGCAGACCGAGCACCGCCUACACGCCUUCGUUCAUGUCGAGCACGGCAAUGAAGUCCAUCGAGACGCUGGCCACGCAUUCUACCCAGCACCAACAUCAGCCGAGCAAUCCUAUCUCGACACCACAGAACGGCCAUCAUGCCAUCGCGCCAGAACCUGUCAAAACAGACCUUGGCCCACCUCCAGGUGUGCUACUCGUUCUGGCGACAGGUCCUCUUCGCUCCACAUCGAUCAUGUCGUACCUCGAAAUGCUGCUCAGCAGGCAGAGAUUAUCUGGGAUAGCGUUCUUAGCAGAUUCAGCAGAGGAGCUGGCAUUGAAGCAGCUCAAGAUGGAUGUGUUCGGCCUGAUAGGUCGGCUAGGGAAAGAGCUUGCCGUUUCUGUACACACCAAGGACAGCUGGAGCAGAUCACAAAUCGAGGCAACCAUUGAGACCGUCACGAACGGAGGGCCAGGUCUACAAGGUGUCCUAUGCUAUCCAGCCUGGGGAGCAAGUGGUGGUGUACUAGAGCUCGAGGAGUCGGACCUGGCCAAAACAUUCAGAGAGACGGUGGCAUUCACACAUUCUGCAAUACGUGCUACCGCGGACCAGUUGUUAGCCAAGUCAAAGCCACGCGACGAUACCACAAACGGCGUACAUCGCAAGCAGAUCGGAGGCCCAAAGGGUCCAUUCUUCCUCGUUUCAGGUCCUGAUCGAUCGCUCACUGGCUCUGGCCUUGCAGUCGCAAAGCUUGGCUGUGAUGCUGUGCUUCGCGAGCUGGACAUUACGACCAGGCAGCAAGGCUUGAUCGUCGGAUAUGCUGAGGGAGUCAUCCUGCCAGAGCCGAAGCGACAAGUAUCGAAACCGAAGCAAGAGCUGAAGUUGGAACCGACUGAGGCAUACUCCCAGACACAGGCACGCGAGGAACUUAGCUUCGUCCCUGGUGAAAGCCCUACCAAGUUGUGGAACAUGUGGGCGCUGCAGAAUGAGAUUGGUUCUUACGACGACUAA